GCGCACAAACUGCGCCGAAGAGGACGGGCAUGCGCAUUGUGGUCACACCAUACCUUCCGAGCCUUUAUUAUUAGAGCCGACGGUCGGGCUUCGCCUGAACGGGGACUGUUUAAAACAAACAUACAUACCCCUGCGGCUAGUUAGCAACUCGCCGUCACAAAUGGCGAGGUAUCUGCGACCCCCAAACUCCUCUCUCUUUGUCCGGAAUAUCUCAGAGGAGUCCAGGCCAGAAGAUUUGCGACGUGAGUUUGGUCGUUACGGGCCUAUUGUAGACGUCUACAUUCCACUUGACUUCUAUACGCGGCGGCCAAGAGGAUUUGCUUACAUUCAGUUUGAAGAUGUUCGAGAUGCCGAAGACGCCCUCCACAACCUGGACCACAAGUGGGUGUGCGGGCGCCAGAUUGAGAUCCAGUUUGCCCAGGGUGACCGCAAGACUCCCAACCAGAUGAAGUCCAAGGAGCGCCAUUCCCCCCGCAGUUUCUCGCGCUACGACGACGAAGACCGCCGCCGCCGAUCCCGCAGUCGUAGCUAUGAGCGCCGCCGUUCGCGCAGCCCCUCGUACGACCGGCGGCCGCGGAGGUCGUACAGCCCCAGAGACUCGCGCUCCUACGGCCGACACAGACGCAGCAGAAGCCGCGAAAAUGAUGGGCGCAGAAGCGGCCAGCACGAGCGCCACAAGACCCAGCGCGAGGCCGGCUCCAGGAACCGCUCGGCGUCUCGCUCGCCCUCCCGCUCCAGGCCCAAGGGCCGAAAGAGCCGAUCUCGGACGCACAGCCCCGCCGCCCAGGAAGAGGAAUUCCACCUGGCUCCCGGUUCUCACAAGCGCUCAUUUGGCCGCUCCCCGUCGCGCUCCCUGUCCCGCUCCAUGUCCCGCUCGCGAUCACGUUCCCGCUCCUGGGCAGAGUACAAGUCCGGGGGGCGCUGAGCAGCGGUUCACUUGAACACUACUUUACCCUCUUUAGGAACACAUUUUGUUCAUCUGCAUUUUUUGUCGAGUGGCGUAUGUUUUGAUGAGGUCUUACACUUUUCCAAGUAGAUUACCAGAACACCAUGCGUUGGAUCCAUAGGCUGACCCAGGACCGACACUGGACUUUUCCAUGUCCAAAUCAUUUUGUGGGCAAAAGACCCCAAAGUCAUUUCGAUUUCGGCAAAUCUCACCAGGGCCGUUUUGCCCGUUGUUUUGUUGGCCAUCACUGGCAGUUCUAUUAGUUGAUAGCAGUUAAGUCAACAUAGCAAAGCGUCUGGUUGCUCAAUACAACAAGAGUGCACGAUGCUCAAUCCCAGCAGUACCGUUAAAACACCACCAGGGCGGCAGUAUCACCUGAUCUCUUCCUGUCGAGUAUUGGGACCAGGACGUUCCUUCUUGAACGUCACAUAAAUGUGACUUAAAAUUUGCCAGGAAAGGCAAGUUUGAGCCGCAUAACAUGCUCACAUUUUUUUAGACUUGAAAAGAAGUAACAUCAUUUUUGGGUUCUCCUGCAUUGUUCCUCACGACAACAUUGAGGCAACUGCUUCGAGCGCAGGCGUCAAACUCAAGGCCGUAUCCAGCCCGCCACAAUGUUUUCUGUGGCCCGCGAAAGCAAAUCCCGUGUGUGAACUUGCGUGAUCCUUU